AAACACAUUCUCACUGCGUUCCAAAAAAUCGAGGCAAGAGUAAGCAAAGCACGGAAAGGUCUGUAGUAGAUUACAGGUCUUACGGAGUGAAUUUAAAUCCCCGUUUUGUGUGCUAUUAGAGAGAUAAACCUCCAGCCAGCCACUGAAGGUAUACCUUGAUGCCUUUUAAGAGGCAUGGACUCCGAGCCGGGUUGUAAAACUGAAUCCUCGGAUGAACCUACUGCCAAACUACUCAGUGCGAUUACUGAUAUUUAUCAGGAUCAAGUGGAGAAAUCAAAUCUCAAUGAGCAUACAGAAGGCUUUGCCACCCUGGUGACAUGGGCCAAGGCACUGAUGAGAGACAGAGCAGACACAGGAGAUACACAGGCCAGGUUCCUUCUUGGACAGCUCUACUACCAGGAGGGCCGUUAUACAGAAGCUGAGACCAUAUUUGAUGGCAUUAAGGACAGUGAACCUCAAGCUCUUUACCAGUUGGCUGUGAUGUACUAUGAUGGCCUUGGUACUACUGCAGAUCAGAUGAAAGCUGUGGAACACAUGAGAAGAGUGGCAGAGUGGGACACAGGGAAGAUCCAGUACACGGCACUGUACAACCUGGGCAGGGCCUACCUGGAGGGUUACGGAACGCAGCAGUCCAGAGCUGAGGCAGAGAAAUACUGGCUCAUGGCAGCUGAUGAUGGAAACCCUGGCGCGAGUGUGGAAGCUCAGUCCUCUCUUGGCUUGUUCUAUUCCAGCCCUGAAACGCUGGAUCUCAAAAGGGCAUUCUUCUGGCACACUAAGGCCUGUGGGAAUGGCAGCCUGGAGUCCCAGGGGGCACUGGGGAUCAUGUAUCUGUACGGGCACGGUGUGCCCAAGAACCUGCAGGCUGCCCUGUUCUGCUUGAAGGAAGCCGCGGGGAGGGGAAACGUCUACGCCCAGGGCCACCUCAUGGCCUGCUACUACCACCAGAAACUCUAUAGCAAUGCGACAGCCCUGGCACAGAGGCUCUGCCAAUAUGAAGAUAUCGAUGCCAUAGCAAACUUCACCGGCUGUCUCCCUGACUAUGUCAGGAAAGGCAUUUCUAUGGCCCUGUUCUUCUACGCCCGCUGCCUACAGCUGGGUCGAGGAGUCCCACAGGACAGGCAGAGAGCCCAGCAUUACUACACCAAGGCAGCUCUAAUGGACCCAGGCACGUGUAAGGGCCUCCAGACAGACGUCACUCAUGGCAGAAUGUAAUGCGCGUCAGUGUCUCCUCAUGCCUUUCUGUUCCUGUAGUAAACGUGUAACCCUGGAGAAACACAGCUUGCAUUCAAGGGUCUGUCUGUCACAAUAGUGAAAUUUGCCUCUCCUACUCAGCACAGGGACGGGUCAUUGUACUGUACUCGACCGUGCGGGUUUGUUCAUGUUUAGGUCUACUAAAACGUCUUCUUUUGGAAAUCUUUUGGAAAUGAACAAAGACAAAAGGACACAUUAUUUUGCAAUUUAUUGCUUAUAAAUGCUCUAGCCUAUUUUUCGUAAAAAUAAAAUCUAUAAUAAUAUCACAAAUGAAAUUGUCACAAUAACUUUACAUGACAUAUUGCACAAUUAAAAGCUUUCAUAAUCACAAUGUAUGUACACAAUGUAUGUAAAUGUACUGUAGGGAGGCUUAAGAGGUCCAUGUUUUCAUUCGUGUUUUUUUUUGUUUGUUUUUUUAAUACAACACUCAUUCUACAACUUCACAUUUGUAGACCAUAUUGGGUCUAACAAACUGGCAUACAAAAAAAAAAAAAAAAAGAAUCAAACAAAUGAUCUUGGGUGGCUGGCAACUCAGCAUGAGGAUGAGAGGACGGAUAAGACA